CCGGAGGGGGCGCGCGGGGGCGCGCGGGGGCGCGCGGGGGCGCGCGGGCGGGCGCUGUGGCUGCGGUGGCUCCUCUGCCGGGUUGAUCCUGAGGGAGGACGGGCUUCGGGCGGCGGCCGAGGCCAAGUGCCGGACGGACAGACGGACGCACGCACGGACGGGCGGGCCUCCUCGCAGGCCCUGCGCCCGCCUCGCAGCCGGCUGCCCGCGCCAUGGCCGCGUCGCCCAGCUCGGGCAGCGCCAAUCCGCGGAAGUUCAGCGAGAAGAUCGCGCUGCACACUCAGCGGCAGGCCGAGGAGACGCGGGCCUUCGAACAGCUCAUGACCGACCUCACCCUGUCGCGGGUUCAAUUUCAGAAGCUUCAGCAACUGCGCUUUACACAGUACCAUGGAGGAUCCUUACCAAAUGUGAGCCAGCUGCGUAACAGUACAACAGAGUUUCAGCCAUCGUUUCAUCAGGCAGACAGCGUGCGAGGCACCCGCCACCAUGGACUGGUUGAGAGACCUUCAAGGACACGCUUCCAUCCCUUGCACCGACGGUCUGGGGACAAACCAGCACGACAAUUUGAUGGCAGUAACUUAGGAACUAAUUACUCCUCACAGCCUCUGGAUGAGAGUUGGCCAAGACAGCAGCCUCCUUGGAAAGAAGAAAAACAUCCUGGAUUCAGGCUAACAUCUGCACUUAACAGGACCAAUUCUGACUCUGCUCUUCACACAAGUGCCCUGAGUGCCAAGCCCCAGGACCCUUAUGGAGGAGUGGGCCAGUUGGCCUGGCCAGUGCAAUACAUGGGUUUCUGUGAUGGAGAGAAUGAUGUACAUGGGGAAGCGGUGUCUUUCCCUGGCCCAUUGAAAGAAGAAAAUCUGUUAAAUGUUCCCAAGCCACUGCCAAAGCAACUAUGGGAGACCAAGGAGGCCCAGUCUUUUUCAGGGCGCCCUCGAUCCUGUGAUGUUGGAGGUGCCAAUGCUUUUCCACACAAUGGUCAAAACAUAGGCCUCUCCCCCUUUCUGGGGACCCUGAACACAGGAGGGUCAUUGCCUGAUCUAACCAACCUCCAUUAUUCGACACCCCUGCCAGCCUCGCUGGACACUGGCAACCACCUUCUUGGCAGCAUGAGUGUGGGGAACAGUGUGAGCAACCUCCCUGCAGCUCUGACACACCUGGGUAUAAGAAACUCUUCUGGCCUCCAGAGUUCUCGGAGCAAUCCCUCCAUCCAGGCCACACUCAAUAAGACAGCACUCUCCUCUUCCCUGAAUAGCCAUCCCCAGACAUCUGUUCCCGGCAGCUCUGCCCUUCACCCCUCACUCCGGCUCUUUUCCCUUAGCAACCCCUCCCUCUCCACCACAAACCUGAGUGGCCCCUCUCGGCGUAGGCAGCCUCCUGUCAGCCCUCUCACACUUUCACCUGGCCCUGAAGCACAUCAAGGUUUCAGCAGACAGCUCUCCUCCAGCAGCCCACUGAACCCAUACCCUGCCUCACAGAUGGUGUCCUCAGAUCAAAGCCCACUCUCCUUCCUACCCACUGAAGCUCAGUCAUCCCCACCACCGCCCUACCCCACAACCCAGGAACUCUCCCAGCCUCUCCCGCAGCAGCCCCACUCACAAGAGCCCCCUGCUCAGCAGCCCCAGGCAGCCCCAUCACUAUCACAGCCAGACUUCCAGCUCCUUGCAGCACAGGGCUCAUCUCUGACCAACUUCUUUCCUGACAUGAGCUUUGACCAGCAGCAGUCCAUGAGGCCAGGCCCAGCCUAUACUCCACAGGUGCCCCUGGGGCAGCAAGGUCCCAGAGAAACACAGGACCCAUUUCACUUGAGACCAAACCUGUAUUCCAACUGCGGGAACUUCCCAAACACCAUCCUGACAGAAGAAUCAAGCUCCAGCCUAUUCAAAGACCUCAGCAGUGCACUGGCAGGUAUGCCAGAGGUCAGCCUGAACAUGGACACUCCCUUUCCAUUGGAAGAAGAGCUCCAAAUUGAACCCUUGAGCCUAGAUGGACUCAACAUGCUAAGUGACUCCAGCAUGGGUCUGCUCGACCCCUCUGUUGAAGAGAAGUUUCAAGCUGACCGACUAUAAACAUAUGGAGCAGGAGAAUUUGUGUCUGAAACAGAUAAAACAGAAUGGCACAGAAUGGAGCCAGAUAUGCCCCUGGGCUUUCAUUUUCUUGGGCUUCUGAUGCAGAAGUAAUCAAUCCCAUGGCUCCUCGCUUUCCAUUGAGGUCCCAUCUCACACACGGUGGCUAAUUGUAGACCACAGAACUCUACACUGCCUCUCAGGCCCUCGGCACAGGCUAUUUUGCUGCAGACAGGCUGCUCCUGAGCUCCCAAUGAAUUGAGCCUCACCAUGAACAUUUCACCUUUUUAUUGCCUGGCUAUUGUUCAGUGUGUAGCAAAUUCCAUUUACCAGGAGGCCCCAGAACCUAUACAAGGCUCCGAACCACUGCUCAUUCCACACUGAAGAAGGAACCUGGAGUGGCUGGCAGUGAGGACUGUAGGCCUCGGGAGCUGACUUGGUAGUGAGCAACGGUACCCAGUAUCACAGUGCCUUCCCGACCCAGCCAUGUGGCUGAACUCAGUGGAGAGCUCCGGCUCUCUCAGGUGCCUUAAUCCUGAUAUGAAGAAGAUUUUUUUUUUUUUAUCAUAAGUCCAAGAAAGUCUUGAGUUUAGUAAACUGAAUGCUAUGUUUUCUCCCAGUUGAUAAUAUCUUUUGCUGCUUCAGUACACCUUUUCCUAUGAACCUGAGGGAAAAUAAGAUUGUUUGAUUCAGCCACGGAAAAACAGCCCCCUGAGGAUGGAGGAGCCUGAAAGAAGUGCUUCAUGGUUGUUGAGGAAGAACAAAAAGGGACUGUGGUGUGUCUCAGACAUACAACACCCUGUAGACAGGCCCGGUUAGCCAACCUCCUGCUCUACAAGCAGCUGAGGGAAGGCUGCAGGGAUGGGCCUGACCCACCAGCAGAGGAGGGAAGCCUUGUCUCUGAGUGGUCUUGUGAUCUAACCCCACUAGACCAUAAGCUCCUUGCACACAGAGACUGUGUCUUACUCACUGUGGAACUCCUAGUGCCUAGCAAGCGCCUGACACUGGGCAGGUGCCUUACAACUGUAUAGACUACAUGUGUGUGUGUGUUGGGGGAGUGAAUGAAUGACUGUCUUGCUGAAGGGCAGGCUAAUGUCAACUAUCUCCAUGCCUUGCUGAAUCUUUUCAGAGCUCUGACUGUUCUAACACUUGUGCCUGUGAUUAAGUUAAACUUGCACUUUAUUAUGCUUUUAAUACUAGGCCAGCAAAUCCGCAAUUAGCCUGGGGUCCCUGUUCUCCUUGGGGCUAUGCUCCACAGCGGGCAGGUAGAAACUCCUCUGAGUGCAUACAGAGUGAUUGUGCAAGCUGAGGGACACUAGCAUCCUAGCUGGAACCUCAUCCCCCCACUCCGGGGGGCGGGGACCUCGUUCCUCUCACGUCUGCAUUUUGUUCUAAAUAGAGAUUCAUUGUUUGAGGUUGAAGAAGUAGUCUCUGGUAAAUGAAGACCUAAUUCAUGAACCUACCAUUAGUCAUCUGUAUCUUAGCAUGACGUAGCAUUACCAGAUUCUCACCCUUGCCUGCCAACUCUGACGUAGGCUAGGACAGCACCACCAAGCAAUGGAGCUGAACACAGGCGUGCAAAGACAUGGUGGGGGAAACUUCCUAGAAGAGCUGGAAGAUGCCGGAACCUUUGCCCAAACAGCACUGCCAUUACAGGAGAUGCCAGCAUUGCCACUGAAGGUCACUACGCUACUCCUGUUCAAGAGAAGCAAACCCCAUAUGUACAACUGAAACCAGCACAUCUGUGCCUUCUUUGUGUGAGAGGAGUGCAUUACAGGAGCCAAGCUGACACCUCUGAGCCCCACCCAUUCCUGUCUUCAGGGGCCCUGCCUGACUCCUGCUCUGUUAGCUAAUCCUAAAGGUGUAUCUGUCUCCACGGAACUGAAGUCUCUGCACUCCAUUCUCUCCCUGCUGUGGAAUUAGGAAAUCAAACUGAGACUCCUUGCCUGAGUUCUUGUUCCAGUGGAGGCAGCUGCUUCUCCUUUCCAACCCUUCUUUCUCUUAAGCUUUCAAGCCCAUUUAUACUUGAGAUCUCAGAGGGGGUGGCUUUUGUGAAAGUAAAAGAGUCUCUUAUUCUAAUGGUACUCACCACCCCACUGUGCUGACAAGCCAGCUCCUUGCUGCCUUUCCAGUCUGUGUUAAAGGCCCAGAAGUCAGAUCUAGCCUUUCAGACAGAUAGGGAUAGGGAUAGGGAUAGGCUCUUGUGGCCUGAACAGUUUUGUAGUAAGUGGAGGUCCCAACACAGCCCCUUGUGGACAGUGCCUUACCCCUGGGGAUCAUCACAUCAGGGUCCCAGCUCAUCUGUGCAGCAUCCCUGCCUGGCAGCUGGAGACCCCAAGCCCUUUGGCUUUCUCAGGUGAGUCUGAAGUGGAGGUUCCUGGAAAGGACUUGCUGGGGGAGUGUCAUGAUGACAGUAAGGGUUAGCACUGAAUUAACUUGUUCUUAGGUCCAUCAGUCUGAUCUCUUCCCAUGAGAAGGCUUUGGGCAUCACACAUCCAUUACACACCCUUGGCUCUGAUAGCAUCAAAAAUGUAUUGGACUGGGGUGGCUCUGCCUUCCACACUCUCUGUGCUCUUGGGACAAGCCAGGCCUGGUCCUCAGCAUUGAAUGUGACCACAUAAUUCAGAAUAAACCAUUUUCAAUAUUUUGUUUCAUCACAAGAAAUGGAUGGAUGUACUACUCUCACUUCCCAGCAGUUCAGAAGCAUACAAUCAAACCGAUGCAUUUUCCAUUCUUUCUCUGUGCAGCUGUGGUUCUCAGGACAUACAGUUUUAGAAGAAAAUGUUCUCGAUCAUGUCAAGACCAACAUAAACUCUCCUUUGUCCUGCUUCCCUUGUACAUCUACUUCCCACUACCUGCGCUGGAAUAAGGCGCAUUCCAGUCCAUUUGCAUCUGAAGAUAGUUCCGCCUCUGAUUCUUUGCAGCUCUGAUCAGUGCACAGAUGGUUCUGAGCAUGUUUCCAUUGCUUCCUGGAGAAACUGUCACAGCAACUAAUCAGACUUCCCGCCAGUGUCCUAACCCCAGCUCCCUUAUUCAAUAUUUAAAUAUGGGAAUUUGUAUAAAGUAGCUUCCAGGUUUUAUAAUGCAUCAUUUUACAUCUUUCAUAAUUAAAAGCAACACGAUACAGUUGUAUCUGCA